AUGCCUCUUUUAAAUCAGCAAUAUCGACAUCUCACCCUGCGUCAUGAGCAGCGGCUACUGACAAACAAGCCAUCUACGCUAGCUCCUGGUUGUGCCCAGUUCAGCUCAUACUACUUGCCGUCGCUGAAUGCUGGCAAGCACACAACCAACUUCUCUCAGAAUGUCACAUCUACGCUCCCGGACGAUCAAAAUGGAGAUCCCAACCUGAUCGACAGAGACCCUCCGAAAUCCCGGCAACGCAGGACGGUGAAUUUGCGACGACAGCAGCAUUUACUGGCUCCGCAGUAUAGCCUCCCCGAAGACGCAGUAGUGUCGGUCUUCCCCACCCCGGGUCACACUGCUCAAUCUCUCACUCUUCCGCAUAUUGUGUUGAAGAAUCCGCACUGUCCAUGGGAACGGGACGUUGUUGACAAAGAUGCCCACGAUGCCGACUCUCUCAACUCUGUUCCAUGGCUUGCAUUGGUCAUCUUCACGGCGGAAGAGUUGGCGUUGGAUGUGAAUGAGCGCGGUGACUAUCUUGGCAUAGCGCCGACGGAAGAACCAACGGAGACGCUAGGCUUCACUCUCAAUGUCAAAGAUGCGACAGCAGAGGGCAAGGUUCCUCGGCCUUCUGGAAGAGGUGUCUUUAUAUCCAAACCAGAUGGCGAGCAAAUAGCCAGCAGGUCAUCGAAUACUAUGGACCUAAUCACGUUCCCUGCCGCUCUCUUCCAUAAGCUUUUUGUCAGGACUUCCGAGGAUCAGAACGGUAAUCAGGUAUCCAAAGGAGACAUCAAGGUAUUUCGUUUCCUUUCGCAUGUCCGGACGGUGGCCACGGACGGGAUGUUGUCAACUGCUGAGACAGACGGAGAACCUGGGACCUUUGCUCUCAGCAUUUCCCCACGUAUUGCCCCGCAGACUAUUACCACUCCAACUACACUCUACGCACACCUCAUCUCUCUUCAAGGCGUCCAUGGCUGCGCUCCGCCUGAUUUGAGCACAGGUAGUAAGGCUCGAGUAGUUAUGACAAGUCUCUAUUCAUGGUCAUACACUUCACUACCACCAGACACUUCAAGUACUGUCCACACAUUUGAGAACCUAGACAAAGGUCUUCCAGUUUUACAUACCGAUCGCAAGGGGUCAAUCGUGACAGACAAGACAGAAAUGGAAAAGCUGGUGGCCAAGCGCUUGGAGGAGGGAUUCACCCUGACGAGAUAUCGAACCGUGACAGGAGAGGUUACGUCUGGCUUACUCCGAGGACCGCUUGUUCCCGUCAAAGUACGUCAUCCACGACAGAGUGGCAUGAUAUUCCAGACAAACGUUGGUGCCGAUCUGAAUAUCUUGGACCCAGACCUUGGCUUGAUGGAUUUGUCAUACUCGACAGCCUGGCAGGUUGGUCGAACACUCGCUCAGGGAGAUUCCACAUUCGCGACUGCUCUUGGGCGUCUUCGGGGUGUCUUGUCCAAAGAGGCUCUCUCUAAAUCCAAGCCAGGAGUCCACAUGACCCUGGGAGCAUCCCGUGACACAGUCUUGAGCGAGGCAGCCAAAGUCGUCUCAAGACUGCAAGGAAUGAACGAACAAUUUGCGUCCCCCUCUUCAUCACCAGUCUCAACAAACCGCUGGCGCAGGGGGGGGCCUAGCGAUACGCCCGUUAGUUACCAGAGUAUCCCCACCAACCGUGAUUACGUUACAGUCCAGUCGUGGAUUCUCGAUAAGCUCCAUCUAGCUGACGUUCCUGCGCACUACCUCAUCGCCGACCCUUCCCACGUAUCCCCCGAGACGUUGCGCUUCUUUCACGUUGAUGAGAACUGGACUGAGGCAUUAAUAGAUGGUGCUCUCAGCCUAGCGAAUCAGUCCACGUCUGAAGAUUACGUUCGGUUAGCUAUCAAGAAGCAGCUCCAGGGUUUUAUCAACACACCUCUCGAAGGUUUGGGUUACUGUCAGCAGAUGCCAAAGUAUGGGUUCAUCAUGCGGUCAGAGAUACUGGUCCAGUUCCCUGACUUGGUCGUAAGUCCUGAGUUCGCCAAAGUGGCUAGCCCAAACGAUGAAGAGGAUAAGAUCAAACCACAGGCACCCAUCUUGAUACAACGUCGCCUUUCAUCUGAUAUGAUGCUCGUACUAUUUGAUCGAACACCGCCUGAUCUGACGGCCCUCGAGUUUACGUUGCCAUCCCACCAGCAGCCAUUUGUGAUUGGGUCAGGUUUGGACAGAGACAAUCUCAAAAUAACGCAUCUUAAAAUCUACACAACUGAGCCUGAAAACAGUCCGCAGCUGGAGCCGCCUUCAACAGUGAAGGAGCGACACAUGCCCUUGGACCCGGCGCCCCGACCUUGGAAGGCUAGUGAGUUUGUCGACAUAGACUCAGGCGUGAUGAAUGUGGAGCAUUACGCAACUGUUAUUCAUUCAGUACUAAAGGACGAGAUGGAGGAAAGCAUGUACACUGCACAAGGACCGACGUCGGCUGUCUUUGGCAUCCAGCUCAAUGAGCCGAUCGACACGCUGAGAAUAGCGAUUCCUUCUAACUUGCAACCUACGAGGGUCGAAGAUUGCCAUAAUCCGGCAGCGGGGGCAUUUACAUUCCAUGUCCCCGAAUUUCCGGCUGGCGAUUCCGUUCCCAAGGCAUAA